CGAAACGUCGAUCUCGAUCGGGAUGGCUGACCCGAAAAAGCAAAUCACAAAGACAUUGGAUUUGCGGGCUCUUCCCGAUCGGACAGAGCCCACAUGCUGUCGCACAAGGUUGAUGUGGCCUUCAUCUGGUUUAUCGGCUGCCUGCGCUAGUAGGAGACGUUUGCUAUCAAUGCCAGCUCAGUGGCUUUCUUUGUUUUUCUUUUUUUUUCCCCUUUCAGCCAGCCGUGAAUUCUCGGUGGCGUUUAAUAGUUAACCCAUAGUUACACCCAUUUUGCUGGCCGGGGCUCGUGAGGACGUCGAAGCUGGACCGAUCGAGAGUGUAUAAAAAGAUGAGAGGUUUGUCCUGGGGAGUCGGGGAACAUUUCGACGCCCAUCAUCGAGAGGACUCUGGGAAAAAAAAGAGAAAAAGGGCCUGGUGCAAGCGAUUGUAGUCAGUAUGUUGUCAACCAGAGUUCUCUUCCUCUGCGUUCUGCAGUUCGUUGCAGGUAUCCUGGCCGUGGAUCCGGAGGAUGUCUAUGAUGGAGGAUACGGUUCGAAGCACUCACCCGUGCAAUUGAGGAUCGGCAAUGGAGGAGCAGGUCAAAGUGGUCUAGUAAAAGAGCUCGCGGAUGCCUUCAUCAAAUCAAAAGUUGACAGCGGAUCGGCUCCGUUCAAGGUUGCUUGGUAUAAGAGCGAUACCACUGUGACUAUCAACUACCUCAAGGACGGAAUUGUCGAUGUCGGCAUCACUUACAGCCCCGUGGCCGAACGUAUCUCGAUCAAGCACGGAAUCUCCGAGUCCCCAAGCUACUAUGCUUUCCGGGACCAUUUCAUGCUCAUCGGACCACCCUCCAACCCGGCGAAGCUCUCAGGGGACAGCGACAUUGCUGAUAUGUUCUCGAAGAUGCAUGACGCCGCUGAAGCUGGAAAUACUAAACCUCCCGUUCGGUUCUUAAGUCGCUACGAUAAAUCGGCGACGAACAUCAAGGAGGCUGAGCUCUGGCUUAGCAUUGGGCAGGUCCCCUGGGCCACCGCCUACUCAACCUGGUAUCAUCAGUACAUCACCUUUCCCAUCCAGGCCCUCACCGCCGCCAUUCUGCUUAGGGAAUACACCAUCACCGAUUACGGGACGUACCUCUCCAUCCCCCGUGGCCUGCGUGACCAGAUGGUCAUUUAUAAAAAGGGCACCAACGACGCGGAUGAUCCACUACUGAACCCUGCACAUUUGUUGGUCGGGGCUCGUGCGAAAAAUGCCGAGAUGGCAAAGGAGUUUGCGAAGUGGUUGGUGAGCAAGGAGGGUGGGCAGAAGGUUAUUGAAGGUUUCAAGAAGGAUGGGCAGCAGCUCUAUAGCCCUGCGCCGUACAGGCAUAUUUAGCCAAGUUAAUCAGUAAUAAAACAGAUAGAUAGAUAUAUAGAGAUCGGUUAGCACAACGCAAUUCAAGGAUUGCCGGUGGCGAUUUGUCACGCGUCCAAACA